GCUGAUCACGUGUUUGACAUUUUCUCAACCAAUGAGAAAAUAACCCAAUUGUACAAUUUGAGAAUUUUGAGAAAUGGCUGACGAUAAAGAAGUGGAAAAAACGAUUGCAGAGGACUUGGUUGUUACCAAGUACAAGCUUGCAGGGCAAAUUGUUAAUCGUGUCCUGGAACAAGUAAUAGCGAAAUGUGUUCCUGAUGCGUCUGCGCGCGAAAUAUGCGAGUUUGGAGACAAGCUUAUCUUAGAGGAGACAUCCAAGGUUUUUAAGAAAGAGAAGGACUCGAAGAAGGGCAUAGCAUUUUCAACAUGCGUGUCCGUCAACAAUUGUAUAUGUCACUUCUCACCCAUUCCAAGUGAAGCUGACUAUAUUCUAAAACAAGGUGAUCUAGCCAAAAUUGACUUGGGUGCACACAUAGAUGGAUUUAUUGCGGUGGUGGCUCACACUGUUGUUGUGGGAGGUGGUGAAGUGACAGGUCGGGCUGCAGAUGUACUUUUGGCUGCACAUCUGGCAAGCGAAGCUGCUCUCAGAUUGUUAAGACCUAAUAAUGAGAAUUAUGCCAUCACUGAAGCAAUUCAGAAGAUCAGUGCUGAGUAUGGAUGCAAGCCUAUCGAAGGCAUGCUGUCCCACCAGCUGAAGCAGUUCCGCAUAGAUGGAGAGAAGAGCAUAAUACAAAACCCUUCGGAAGCCCAGCGCAAGGAGCAUGAGAAAGCCACUUUAGAGACCUAUGAAGUGUAUGCUAUGGAUGUUCUCAUUUCUACAGGAGAGGGUGUGGGUCGUGAAAUGGACACAAGGUGUACAAUAUACAAGAAAACUGAUGAGAUCUACCAACUCAAACUAAAAGCAUCAAGAAUGUUCUAUAGUGAGGUGCGAAAUAAGCAUGGGUCAAUGCCUUUUAACCUGCGCAGCUUUGACAAGGAGACCAGCGCGAGGUUAGGUGUUGUAGAAUGUGUCAAUCAUAAGCUUAUUGAACCUUUCCAGGUCCUUUAUGAACGUCCAGGAGAAUUGGUAGCCCAAUUUAAAUUCACAGCAUUGUUGCUGCCAAGUGGCACACAUCGCAUUACGGGGCUGCCUUUUGACAAGAGUCAGUGCAAGAGUGAACGCUCUAUUAAAGAUCCUGAGCUUAACGCUCUUCUGAACUCAUCUACAAAAUCCAACAAGAAGAAGAAAAAGAAAACUGGUUCUGAAGCUGAGCCAAUGGAAACUGAGACUGUUGCCUAGCAACCGGAAUCUUCUGCACCUGGACUAAACAAUUCAAACUCAAUAACUUUCCUUUGCAUACCCUUACAUGACAAAAUAACAAUUCUAACCAGAAAAAGUCACUUGAGAAAACCAAAUCUAGGUAUUUGCUUUUUCGGCAACAUAAGUGGGAAUAAUGGCUGUCCACUUUUUUUUUGACAAAACUUGUUCCAAUAUAAUUUUGUUUCCUUUUAAAUCAUAACUAGUUACUAAAAGUUUCAAUGGAGAUUUAUACAAGUUGCAAUAUGUGUGGGUAUUUUGUAAAAAU